UCUCUCACUUCACCUGCUCGCUCGGGCUGCUUUCGCCUCUCAGUGCGACUCAGCGCUGAACUAAACAACUUCUCUUCGCUCUCGGUGAUCCGUGCGGGACGACAGUCGACACGCUUUUCAUCACCGUCGUUUUCUUUGACGUUUUUUCGUCGGACUCAGAAGCUCUCCGGCUCCUCAGGUGACUGUAAGCGGGAGACCUCCUCCUCCUCCUCCGGCUUCGAGAAGGAUGCACGCGGUUGUCCGUUUCUUCGGUGCCUUCCUCGCGGCGGCGAUGUUUGCUCAAGCAAGCGGCAUGCAGAAGGUCAUCAGCCAGUAUGGAGAGACCAUCAUAGUGCCAUGCAACAACGGCGACAACAAGCCUUCUGAUCUGAUCUUCACCAAAUGGAAAUAUACAAAAGACGAUGGUUCAUCUGGAGACCUCUUGGUGAAGCAGGCCCAGAAGGAUGAUGCAAAGAUCUCGGCCACAGACGGCUAUAAGGACCGCAUUAACAUCACAGUCAACUCCAGUCUGCGGAUUACCAAAGCCACCCUCGGUGACCAGAGAGUCUUCACCUGCAUGGUGGUCUCCAUCAAUAAUCUUAACGAAUACCCGGUGGAGGUAGAAGUGCGGAAGAGGCCGUCAGCUCCUGAGAUCAAGAACAAAGCAAGUCAGCUGGAAAAUGACAAACUGACGCCGCUGGGAGAGUGUGUGACUACAGAUGCAAACCCUCCAGCGGAGAUCAUCUGGCUGAAGAAUGACAAGACCCUACUGAACGAUAACGAAACGGUCAUAAUCACCCUCACCACAACAGCGGACCCAGUGACCGGUUUGUCCAGCACUAAAUCUAGUUUGCAGUAUACAGCAGGGAAGCAGGACAUGACAUCACAGUUCACCUGCCUUGUGAGACAUGUGACCGGUCCAGACCAGGUGACCGCACCUGUGGCCUUCAGCAUCCACUACCCCACUGAAAAGGUGAAUUUGCAGGUGGUACCUGCAAGCACUGUUAAGGAGGGUGACAACGUGACUCUGAAAUGUCAGGCAGAUGGAAACCCUCCUCCCACCAGCCUCAACUUCCAUGUCAAGGGUAAGAAGGUUGCUGUGACCGGCUCGGGCGUGUACACUCUGUCUGGAGUGACCCGCGCUGACUCCGGAGAAUACAAAUGCUCUCUGCCCGACAACGACAAGAUAGAAGCCACUGCGACAGUCACAGUGACCUACCUGGACCUGUCCCUCAUUCCCUCAGGAAGAGUGCUGAAGAAGUAUGGAGAACCCUUGGAGGUGAAGGUAGAGAAGAACUCCUCCAGUGAACCCACAGUGACCUGGACUAAGGACAACGGCAAGCUGGACAAGCAGCCCGACUUCUCAAAGCUAACAUACGGCCACGCGGGCCUGUACGUGUGUGAGAUGUCUGUAGCAGGAAUCAAACGCAGCGCCUCCUUCCAUCUGGUGGUAGAAGGUAUCCCUGUGAUUACGAGGUUGACUAAACAGCGAAGCGCCGACGGAAAAAACAAGGUGCUGAUCUGUGAAGCAGAGGGUUCACCGCAACCUAACGUUCAGUGGAGUGUCAAUGGAACCAUUGGUGAGAGCUCAUAUGUCAAAGGAAAAGCCACCUACAGACUGACUGUCGUGCCCAGCACGAACCUGACUGUCACUUGCCAGGUCACCAAUAAUUUGGGCUCGGACAGCAAGACCAUUAAUGUGUCAUCCUUAAUAGACGAGCAGAAACAGGCUAAACAAGACUUACCAGAGGACGAGGACAAGGCCAAGCUGAUCGUGGGUGUGGUGGUGGGCCUCAUCGUUGUCGCCGCUGUGGUGGGCAUCAUCUACUGGCUCUACAUGAAGAGAAGACAAGGCAGCUGGAAGACAGGCGAGAAGGAGAUGGGCACCUCAGAGGAGAGCAAGAAGCUGGAGGAGAACAGCCACAGGCAAGACGUUUAGAUCAGCUCACACGACCCCUACACACUGAGAAGAAGAGAGGCCUUGCCACACUGAAUGUGCUGUACAACACCACAACAUGUCUAUCAUCUGAUCUCUGAUGCCUGAUUGGAUGCAGUCGCUCCGGUUCAGGCUGCAUACGUGCGCAUCGCAGAAUCGUCCAAAAUACUUCCAGAAUGUCGCAAAACCCUGACGAACAGUUUCCAGAAGAAAUCCUCCACCAUCCCUCCCUCCCGAAAGAAAAAAAUAGCCACUUGUGUUGUAAAUUUAGUCUGCACUGAAAACGGAGUCUUUCUGUUUUUAUUUUUUUAACUGUUAUGAUUUGAUUUUGUUGUGUUCCUGGUGAAUGCUCUUGUUUCAUGCGCGUUGCAGGUGUGGUGGGUUCGAGCUACGCCCUCCUCCCCCCCUCCUCCCCCCCUCUUUUUAGUAGAAAAAGAAGAUUCACUGUACACUUUCAGGCCUUUGUAAAUACGUCAUAGCGAGCACAUUCUCUUUGCUCAAAGCUGAGAUUACUGUAUAAUUCAGGUUUAGUUGAUGCAGGAUUGAGCGAGCGCUCUCUCUCUCUCUCUCUCCUGAGUUAAUCUGCUCCUGUGAAGCCUGCUGGGUCCUGGAGGAAUGAAGACUUCACUGCUGUUACACUCUCUUUUCCUCAGUUCAGAUCGUUUGCGUUCAUUGAUCAGUACUGCUUUAGGUUGCCGCCACCCCCUCCAUCCAAAAUCGAUUUGAUUCACAGUGGUCCGAGAAGCGAAGCUGAUUGUCUCUGAGUGCUUGGAGAAACAGGUUGCUCUGUAGCAGUAGUUUUAGUAAUAGUCUAGAGUUGUUUUUCAGUCGAAGAUGUGUGAACUGUUGUUAAAUGCAGGGGCGUGUCCAGGUGAACCCUUCGCUGGCCUUAAUGUGAGUUAGUCUUGUUUCCAUUGAGUUACUGAAAGCCUUAACAAAGUGACUGAAGGCUGUUCCAGGCCCAGACGACACUAACCCAAACACUAAAUCCAGACCAGUUUUACCAGAUUUAUGGUGCAGCCAUCAGUCACGAUUGGCCAACCAGAUCAAGAGGUACAUCAAUGUCAGCAUCUCCACACAACGCAUCCUACAGCCUUGCACACUGAGCCUCGACGCCGCCCUUUAUUUAUUUAUUUUUCUAAAGAAAUAGAUCAAUAGCUGAAGAAAGAAGUCGUGUUCAGCUCCUUCUUUGUUCCCUAAGCCAGAGAGGAGUCUCUGUGUUGAAGUGUAUUGUGCUACACAGCUCUGUGUUUAAGAUGAAACGUGUUGCGUGAGGAGUUUCUCUUGGUUUCUUCUGCUUUCAUUUCUCACUUAUGGAUGUGCAGCUCAUCUUUAAGGUAUUGUGCUCUUUUGUGUGCAAAAGUUUGCACACCCUUGUUCAGAUUAGUUUUGAUUUUUUUUUUUUUAAGUAUAAAUAAGUUUCUACGAUUUUAAUGCAUGAUGACUAUUUGCUGAAUUUAAAAAAUUGUUAAAAAAAAAUAAUGUUGCAUUGUAUGUUAAUACAUUAAAUUUGGCAAAAAAAUACAAAUUCUGCACUAAAAUGUGCAGAAAUACACCAUUUAAGUCAUUCCCUCUAGUUAGCAGUUAGAAUAUCAACAAAACAUGAUUUGUCCAUGGGGUGCCCAAACUUUUGCACAAGGCUGUACAUCAUCACUCGGUCAUGUUCGAGUUGUUUUCAGGAUAUAUAUAUAUAUAUUUUUAGUUUCUUAGUGUUCCUCAUGUGUGAGAUGGUUGAGGUAGUGACCCACACUGUAGUCCUUGGCUUGUGAUAGUUCUGAGACAUUGCUGAGUUCACUGUGGUCUGAAGAGGUUCGUUGUAAAUACGUCUGGUCUUCGUGUUUAGCUCAUGUUUGGCUAUUUAUAUUGUGUGAGAAUGUGAGGUUAGCUACACUUCUGCCUGGGCACUAGUUAGGCAUAUUAAAAUUGCCCCCCCCUUCACUUUAUUUAUACCUUCAAAAUGUACUACUUCCACCACUGCAGGAUGGAUAGGUAACUUUAUUUUUCCCCCGGUUUCUUUUCGUCUCUUUGUUCUUAAAGGCCGUGUUGAGGUACUGAACAGUUAAGUUUUAAAUGUCACUGGAUUGUUUUUUUUAAUUUGUCAUGCAUAAGUUUAUUCCAAACCAUCAGGGCAGCAGUGAAACCAAAGAGGGUGAUCGAAAAGAAGGCCAUAAAGUGUUUGUAAAUAGACUUUUGGUUUUGUACUUUUGUUGAGAAUAAAGUGUACAUUUUGAAGAAA